AUGCCUCUCACCGGACACUGCCUCUGCAAGGCCGUCACCUACAAGGCCGACGUCGACGCCCCCAUCAUCACCGGCUACGACCACUGUGACGACUGCCAGCGCCAAUCCGGCUCCACCUACUCUCUCGUCGUCGUCGUCCCCAAGGCCUCCCUCACCAUCAACGGUCCCAUCAAGAAGUGGACCGGCACCGCCGCCUCUGGAAACGCCGUCCACCGACUCUUCUGCUCCGAGUGCGGAUCUCCCAUCGCCCACGACCCCGAUGGUGCUCCCGAGAUCAUUGCCCUCAAGGGCGGCACUCUCGACACCGAGAUCAAGAAGACUCUGAAGCCUGAACACGAGAUCUGGACCGCUGGCAAGCUGCCCUUCUGCCAGGAGAAGCUCGCCCACCCCCAUGAGUUUAUGCCAUAA